UGUCCGUUUUGAAGUAGAACUGACGUUAACGACUUAACCCUCUUUCUCUCUCCUUACUGGUAACCUCUUUACCCUAUUUCUCUUUCCUUACUGGUAACCUCUUCCUGACUCUCAAGGUUGGAAUCGAAUCCGUAAAGCGGUGCAUCGCAGUUAUGGAUGGCGUAAUUGCAAAAGCGCAGUUAUUGAUGGCUUAAUUGCAAAAGAGCAGUUAUUGUUGUCCGGAUAAGUUACUGGGGUAGUAGGUGUGUUGGUUUAAUUGCAAAAUUGUUGUAUCUUUGUCCGGAUACAGUCCAGGCCGCACUAAUCGUUUGUUGUUGGUUUUGCUGUUGGUGUUGCUGUUGGGUUUUCAUCGAAUUUCCGAUUGCAUACCUGAUCAUCAGCUGUUGGAAGUCGGUGGAGGAGUCGUGGAAUUAGAGGGAUAUUCGAAAACCCUAGAUUAAGGGUAGAAUGUAUGGGUGGAAGGAGAUGUUUGAAACGUAAAAGGAGUGCUAUCUUGAAAGACAAUUUGCAAGAGGUUGAUUAUUACACACCAACUCCUUUGAAGGUUCUAACUGAGGACAUUUAUAAGGAUGAUUCAUUAAUUGUUGGCAGUCAAAUUAAAGCAAGAGGGUAGGUGUUAUUGGCAAGGAAUAGAGCUAGUAGUCGGCCACCUAACACUAGCUGUCGUAUUGAGACCUUUGGAAGAAUUUGCCAAAAUUUUGAUGAUUGGAGAAUUCGAUGGGUUGGAGAAAUGGGGUUUGGUGGUCUUUUACACUUUGCAGGAGACAUGCAUCUCCCAAGGCAGCUGUCUUACUGAUUAAUGACUCGAAUUGAUACUCUCAAUAGUAAUUUAAGAGGUGUAGAUGGUAGAUUGUUCAACAUUUCAAAGAACCAAGUACACUGGGUCCUAGGUAUUCCUAACAGGGGAUUUGUUGUUCCAACUUACAAAUCAUUGUCACAAGAGGGCAAGCUUAAGAUUAUAGACAUAAUGGGUAGGUAUGGCAAAUCAUGGAAUAGUAAAUCAACCAAGACUAGUAGACACUACAAAACAGAGGGAAUACAUGUUAAUAGGCAAUUAAUGGAUGGGGUAGAGGGGCAUUGGCAGGAACAUGAGGAAGAUGAGUUCAAGAUGUUGUUCUUACUACUGUCAUUGGAGAUGUUGUUAUGCCCGACACAAUCCUCUAGGCUAGCGUCCGAUCUUGUUCCUUCAUUGACAUGUGCCCCUAGGGCUGUGGAGUAUGACUGGUGUUGUCUUGUGUUGAAGAAGCUGAUGGAUAGUGUUGCUGCAUUUUCACGUAGAUAUUACUCGAGUGGUUUUGCUAGUGGGUGUGGUGGUUGCCUUAUUUUUGUCGUGGUUAUGUAUUUGGAUCAUCUUAAUAGGAAACCUGUGGAAUGGGGCGUUUUUACGAGGCUGGAAGUCUGGAACAUGAACCAGAUUCGGAGGGCUAUAAAGGAUGAUCGCAAACCAGAUGGUGGUGAUUUUGGCCAACUUGGUACCUUGGAUGUUGCCUAUGGAGAACGACAUCCUAGAUUAGCAAGGGACACAGAUGGGCCUGCGUAGUGUAAUGAGGUGUUGACCGUGUAUAAGCUUUCGCAAAUGAAGAAGCCUACACCCAGGCGUGUCUCGGCCACUAAGAACCUUAGGUAGUACAAGGGACAAGAUGUAUGUAUGAUGUCCGACCCUGCCAAUAUUAAGGAUGUUGAAUUUAAACUUGGUUGCUGUUUGAAAAUCGAACAAUUGAAGAGGUAAAAAUGAAUUUUAUGAGCUGAUUAUUUAGAACCGGAAUCUAACUCAGUUACUUAUUAUUUUGCUUAUUUUGCUUAUUCACAAGGUGAUGGCCUUUGAUUUUUAUAUAGUCUGUUCAUCUUACUUCUAGAUCUAA